UGGAAUUUGAUAGGAAGCUUUCGCUAUCCGCCUUGUCCGCUUCUCUUCGACACAGGCAUCCCCAGUCAGCCACCCCACGGGCGCUGCAACCGUCCCUCUCCAUGUCAACGAUCGAGCGCACGGCGACAACGACGACUUCGAAGAAACGUCCACUCUCUUGCGACCUCUGUCGAAGGAGAAAAGUCAAGUGUAUCAAAUCGCCCCUCGCGACACGAUGCGAGGGCUGCGUCGUGUUAAAUCAGGAAUGCGAGUACAAGUACCAGAGGAGGAGACCGGGCCCCGUCAACCGCUAUACGGCGGAGCCUUCUACAACCACAUCCGACAGUCGUCCUCAGCUGGUGGAAGUGUCCAGCAGCUCCCCACAGCCGUCCCAGGUCUCGCACGGUCACAGUAUGACCCCGUCCCCCUCCCGCCCCCGCCCUUCGGGACUCUAUAACGUGUCCGGUCAACAGUACGCCUCGCAUUCACCAAGGCGUGCGUCCAUAUCUCAAUCACAGUCAGAACCACCUCUCCAGAGCCCCGCACCGUUGGAUGUGACCCUUCCUCGAUCUUCUGGACCCCAUCGUCCCUCGUUAGCCGCAACGACACCUGCUUGUGCUCUCCCCUCCACCAGAUCCGCCCAUAUGGGCCUUGGCCUCGGUUCUUGGGUGGUAGAUGCCCGGCGGCAGGAUACGGACUCCGCGAUGGACUGGUCUUGGCUACCUAUCAAUUCGAGCUCUCUAUUCCAUGCCGGCGUCGGCGAGUCCACCACCGCCUCCGAGCCAUCCCCACAUGAAUGGUCCUGGGAUCACAAUCUGAUCGAACCCCAGCCCAUUGAGUUCGCCUCCCUCGUUCCAGACGUCACCGGGAUGGCAGGACAAGCUGCCGGUUUGGGGCCCAUGCUGAGGGACGACACCGACCGAGCCCGGCUCUCUUCUGCUUCUGCACUUCUGUCCAGUGCUUCUCCAGGGGGUGUGCGGCAUACAGGAAUCGAGGAGUGGAUCCCGUGGAGCACGCUCAUGCGGAUCCUUCACGCGUACCAUACGCAUCUCUAUCCGCUGUUGCCGGUGAUGCAUUGGCCCACGUUCUUGCAGUUGCUUAUGAGCAGGGAGGACGAGAGAAGUCAAACUUGGCGAGCGUAUCUGCUUUCCCUAGUGGCAUAUUCUAUCAUCCAGCUGCCCCGAUCAGCUCUCUCCUUCUUGGAGGUGCCCACUCUCCGCCACUUACACCGCCGAUGCCACGCCGCGUCUGUUGCAUUACAGAAUCGUAGUUACAAAGUGGUGACUGUCACGGACAUUGCGACGCUCUACUGUGAUCACAUUUAUCUGAGCACCGUGGGCAGCACGACCGCUGCGAACGUGGCGUUAGCAAAGGCUAUUCGACUCGCACAAGAGCUGAAGCUGCAUGAUGAAGGAAGUGCGGGCGUCAACACCGAUCGUAUCGAGCUGGAGGUACGAAGGAGGUUGUUCUGGCUACUCUAUGGUUCCGAUCGCACCAUUACUGCCUUGACUUCUGCACCUUUCCAAAUCGUCGACGCCGAUGUACGCGUCCCGUGGCCGUCGGAGGUUGACGACAACCUGAUCACCGCAUCCGGCGCAUUCCCCCAACCCUCUGGGGUCUAUUCGGUCCUCUGCGGCUUUCAUCACGUCUCACGCAUUUUUCAUCUUCUCGGCGCGGUUAUCACUGCCCAUCGCUCGCUUCUUGCAAAAGAAAGCUCGAUCCAGUCGGACCUCUCAUUACCUCCAAUGUGGCCCGCGAUCCGCCCCACGAGUCACUUUAGGAAUGCACUCCAGCGGAUCCUGGACAACCUACCUCCUCCCCUGCAGUUGGCCAGUCCCUUGGACCCCGCCUUGGGAGACAAGCGGAAUGAGCCCCCUAGACUUCGUCAUCAUGGCAUCGGUGUCUUUGAGACGUGCAAGGCCAACCUCCUCGUCUCACAGGCGAUGGUUAGGUUCGCGAUAAGACAAUAUGCUGUGGCUGUUGGGGAGAGGGAAGAUGAACUGAAUGAUAAGGCUUGGGUGGAGAAAUAUGUUCUGAGCAUGCUCGAGAUGAUGCCGAGCGAGAGUUUAGCGGUCAACGGUGAAUCACUAAGAAACAAGGUAAUUUUCUUUGCGAGUAAUCUGAUAGACAAGUAUCCCGGUUUCACAGAAGAGCAUACCUACAUAUCAGAUCUCCUCGCGGUGUAUACGAGGAUCAGGGAGGAACAACAGACUAGUCUACUGGAAUCUGUAGAAAGUGUUAUGCCGAGCCGAGCGCCCACUCCUGGUCGUCUGUGACUGCUGUUUCCGAUCACGGCAUCAUGUAUUGGGUAUCAUUUAAGACGGUUUGUUGACUAUCAAUCAAGUUCCUCAACCACCUGUAUUUUGUGCUAUUCGAUUUAUCCCGGCCAAUAUGAGUCCUGCAGACGGUGAGAAAGGAGAAAAUGCAAUCGGCCAGAUUGCUAUGCAAUCUUCCAAUGAAAAUGGUUAAUAGCCUUGCCUAUAGGCGCAUUUUUAUUAAGGUUUAUAAGUAUUGCUUUGGAGGUGAAAGAGGUGGGAGAUAGCAGACGAACGGCGCGGACAUGAUGACAGCCUUCUUUGAAGAAGACAAUGAUGAUGAUAUAUAUGCAGUGAUGGAAGAAAUUGCGCCUCUUUCUGUAAGUGAAGAUGGAACUCAUCAGCUUGCAUCACUUGCAUGUAUAGCACCGGCACCCUUAGCAUCAC